CAAAAGCAAACAAGCUAUUUACUGCCAAGGGAGCCUGCGCCUCAAGAAACGAUUGCGCGAGGCUGAGUCCGGGAAGCAGGCCUAAGUGAACAAACAAAUACGCUACUGUAUGGGGGCCUGAAUACCACGCACUUGUUGCUGCGGGCCACGAUUUUUCGCUCGGGGCUGAGGUUGGCGCCAACUGGAAGGCGGAAGUUUGCUGCAGACGGGAGCACACGCCACCCUUCGUAUACGGCAACUCCCGUGGGUGCGCGCUUCGGCCAGGGCACCUGGCAUAACUCACACCAUGUAUAUAGUGCUCGCUGGGCUGCUAGCUGUCGCUGUCAGCGUGGCAAGCGCGCAAAAUGAUGCAGCUGGCUGCGCCGAGACCAUGAAGGGCUCAUGCGGGGCGUGCGGUAUUUGCUGCUGCUACAAGGGGCCCCUCAGAUACAUACCUGACGAGGACUCGUGCACCUGCAAGAUUGAAUACGGCGCUUCAUUUAUCGUAAUGAUCGUUUGCGCGGUCCUGGUGUGCAUCUGCUCCCUGGUUGGAGGCAGCUACUUUGGAGGGAGUCACAAGCUCUCGCCGUACCCGCGAUCGGAGAUGUACAGUGUAGGCAGCGGCCGGUAGUUGACAAGCAGCAGUGAUGCAUCUACGGAGCCGGCAGGCGUUGGUCACAGCCGCCAUUGAACAUCGGGGGGUCAAUCACCACCAUCCCGGCCGUUAGGGACCCCAGAUUAGCAGGCAUGCGACGCAUCAACAGUGCAAGCAUUGAGUACGACGCAUGAUUUGGGCGCCAAAGUACUGACUGGAGCGAUAGGGUAAAGCGUAGUCGUCAUGUUAUCCCUGCGUGCUCUUCGCGGGAAACUUGUGCCUUGUUUUAUUUUAAUGCCUAAGUGGCCGCGUGCUGCCAGCGCGGAUUUGCCCGUGUGCUCUUUGGCCCUGGGCGUGUACGCAACCGUCAUCAUUGUACAACGGAUGGUUGUGUAUGUCCCGCACCUCGUUAGCGCGAACGUGCGUGUCGGGAAGUCAGCUUGUUGAGCUGUGCGGCUGUGAUUACUGAGUUGGUUGGCCCUCGUGCAGGUGACAGCGGUGAGUGAGGACGCAUGCAGGGGUGCACAUUUAGUUGUACAGUACAUCCGUCCUGCGUAGACUGCGCUAGGUUUUAGUGGCCUGCUGUACCAGAUUACCAUAUUCCUGAAGCUGUGUCACGGCAGCGCUCAUUGCGACCCAUUUGCGGACAUAAGUAGAGAGGGGUUUGUGAAUGUACAAGUCAAUGAAUGAAGCAGGGUCUGGCCAGGAGCAAGGGCCACAUGCGUUCCUUGAGGCACGGGCUGCGCGGCCAGUCACAUCAGCGCUGUGGUGCUGAUGCAGUGAUGCUGCAAACAUUACAAGACGGAUUGCAAGAUGGAUAGUCCGGCAAUUGACAUGCAUGCGUGGCCACGAAGCGGUGCUGGAAGACGUUGCUAGAUAGGGGAUGCGGCAAGCCAGUGCAAGAAGUGCAAGAAGCGCGGACGCCUGGAGGAACGGAGCGCGGCUUGUGACCGGUCCUGUAAUUGCGGGCACAG